CACUCUACUGUGUAGGGAAGUGGAUCUGAAAAGGGGCAGAGAGAAGAGGCAAAUUAGGGGAAAACUCGGGCCCUAGUCUCACAAAUUCUGCAAAAUACUGACGUUUCUGAACGCUACAGAUUAGUGAAUUCUGCCACCAUGAGUGCCACAAGAGGUAAGAGGGUCCGCUGUUUCGUCCGUACCCGCCCGACCCCGUACUUCGCCAAAGAGCUCAUCAAAUUCCACGACGACAAGAAAACGGUCACCGCAAGGAUCCCCAAAGACGACCGUCGCGGCGUGGUAAACAACCAGCAGCUGGAAUGGCAGUUUAAGAUGGAUGGAAUUUUACACAAUUCCAGCCAGGACCAGGUGUUUGAUGGUGUCGCAAGCGACAUGGUGACAUCUACCCUGGAUGGAUACAACGGCACACUCAUGUGUUACGGCCAGACGGGUGCGGGGAAAACGUUCAGUAUCACAGGAGCGACGGAAGGCUUCUACCAGCGGGGGAUAAUCCCGCGGGCCAUCGCGCAGACCUUCCGCGAAGUCGACGAGAGGGUAGAGCAAGCUAUCACCGUACGGAUCUCUUACCUCGAGAUCUACAACGAGUCCAUGUUCGAUCUCCUAUCCACCCUCCCUGAAUCCGCCGCAGACGCCAGCCCUAUGGCGAUAGUUGAGGAUGAAAAUGGAGUCAGUGUGAAGGGGCUGUCUCUACACGUUGCACACAAUGAAGAGGAGGCACUCAAUCUGCUCUUCGAGGGUGAAACUAACCGAGCGAUCGCCCAACACUCCCUUAACAAGAACUCUUCCCGGUCGCACUGUAUCUUCACCAUCCACGUAGAGUCCAGGUCGCGUACCCAAUCCAAGGCUGCGUACACCGUGUCCAAGCUUAACUUCGUGGAUCUGGCAGGCUCCGAGCGGCUGAAGAAGACGGGGUCUUCGGGGAACGUACAGCGAGAGGCGAUGUACAUCAACAAGUCCCUGACGUUCCUGGAGCAGGCCAUCAUCGCGCUCGCCGACAAGAACCGCGACCACGUGCCGUACCGCCAGUCCAAGCUCACCCACGCGCUGAAGGACUCCAUCGGCGGGAACUGUAACACGAUCCUCAUCGCUAACAUCUGGGGCGAGGCUAACCAGAUCGAGGAAACCAUCUCCACACUGCGAUUUGCCUCGCGCAUGAUGUGCAUCUCUAACGAGCCCAGCAUCAACACGCGCUACGAUCCCGUCCUGAUGGUGAAACAACUGGAGCACGAGAUUCGGCACCUGAAGCAAGAGCUGGCCAUGCACGACACGCUGUCCAACCGAGCCAAGGUGUCAUACGACCCCCUCUCAGAGUCACAACUCGUGGAGCUACAGAGACAGGUGCAUCUCUACCUGAACGACAAUCUGGACGAAAUCGAGAUCGUCAACAUCCGGCAGGUCAAGGAAGUGUUCGCCAUGUUCAAGGGCGCGGUGAAGAACAUGGAGGGGGCCAUGGAGGCCAAGCUGCGAGAGAAGUACACGCUACUCGAGAAGGGAGAGGGGGUUGGUGUCGGGUUACAAGAAGGAGGGGGGGUGGACGGAAAAGGGGGGCAGGUUGGGGAGCUGGAUGGCCAAGGUUUCGGUGUCGGCGUGGCACCCCCUUCGUCGAAGAUGGCCAAUGCACCCAUCAUUGCUGCCAAGAAGCCUAAAGCCAAGAAGGGCAAGGAAAGAGCCAGCCCAACACAACCCAAAGGUGCAGCAAGUCCAACUCCAAGCACUCGGGAGACACCCCAAGAGGAGAUCAGCCACGGCAAGCUGACUACGGGAGAGACUCUGUCGGCUAACGUCACCCCUGCCACGCCACACGCCCCGGCACCUCGCCCCACCACACCCCCGCCGCGCACCGAGGCAUUCGAAGAGUUCAAGAAGGAGAAGGGAAGCGAGAUCUACCGCAUCCUCUCUGAAAACAAGGAGAUUCUGGUCAACAAGAAGACCCUGUGCAAGAAGCUGGCACAGUCCGUCAACGAAACCAAGCAGGAAAUCGACAAAACGAGGCUCAUCAUCGAGCGGAAACGCAACGAGCGGCUCGAACAGGGCGAGUUUGUGGAUGAGGAAGGUGAAACGAUAAUUGACGAGGAUGAGUACGAACUGUUGAUGAAGCUGAAAGACCUGAAGGCCGGCUAUCGCCGAGACUACGACGAACUACGAGCAGUAAAACAGGAGGUCCAGUACUGCCAGCGGUUAGUCGAGCAGUGUCGGCAGCGGCUGAUCCAGGAGUUUGACGCCUGGUACUCCGAGAGCUUCUUCGCGGUGGAUGACACCAUCACGAGCACGAUGGAGGGGAUCGGGAUACGCGCUGGCACAGUUAUCAGGAGCCGGGCGCCGCUUGAAGACGAGCAGGAAAAGUUUGAGAGGCUUCAGCAGGAGUUGCUGGACCCGGAUGCUGCGCCCUUCUACAACGCCAAAGUUCGCACGGAGUGGAGGCAGACCACGAACGCAGCACAACGACAGCCUGCAUCUUUCCGUAAACCAUGAACAAUCUACUUUUAGACACUACAUACUUCAAACCAGAAUUCUAAGUUCUGCACUGUAUACUGCAUGCUCUGCAAAAUGUGAAAAAAUUUUACCACAGGUUUUAUGAUAAGCAGCAUAGCAAAGUUCAAAGAAUUUUGCUUGCUGACAGUUAUAUGUUUGGGAUCCUGAUUUUAAGAGUGUCAAAUUAUAUCAAAGCCACAAUUGUAUAUUCACGAUUGUACAUAAAGACUUGAGUGAUGUUUGUUCUCAUCCUGUAUCCAGCCUAAAUGAAUUGUAAUUCUUCAAGUCUGAUUCAAAGAAUUUCACAUUUAUGUACUUAAAAAGGGUUGGCUUUGCAUGCAAAAAUGUAUCACUUUCUUGUACAUUUGUAGCUUUCUGAACUCCAUUUGUGUCAAACAUUUGGCUGAAAUGAUGUCUGUAGCUGUUUGCUAUGAACCAACAGUGAAAUAACAUAACUGUUUAAGCAAGCAAUACACAUGGUAUAGCCACACCCUAUGUUUCUCACCAAGAAUAUAUUGAGAAAUUUAAAUUUUAUGUUGUAUCUUUAAACAAAUAAUAUCUAGUGUUGUGAGACAAAAGAAAUAAAAUCUAU